CCAUUAUAAAAGUUUGGUGGCAGGCUGUGGCAACUACCAAGUGACGUAAUUGCGAGCUACUGAGCGUCCCUCACGUCUUUCAUUCCUCUGUAGCCGGCCGGGGUUGAGUCCACUUCGCUCCACUUCACUCUCUCUCGUGUCUUCGUCCACCACUACCUAGUACUUAAUACUCAUCAUGUCUCUGGAGGAGAAGUUCAAUGAGGCUGCUGAGAAGGUGAAGAAGCUGAAGACACAGCCCAACGAUGAGGAGCUGAAGGAGCUGUAUGGCUUGUACAAGCAGGUCACUGUGGGGGACAUCAAUACAGACCGGCCAGGCAUGCUGGACUUUAAGGGCAAGGCGAAGUGGGACGCCUGGAACUCCCGGAAGGGGAUGACCAAGGAGGCAGCGAUGGAGGCUUACGUUGCUAAGGCAGACCAACUUGUUGCUACUUACGGCCUCCAAUAAUUCCCUUUUUGAUCCCUUUUUUCUCUACAUAAAUUUUAAAGUUUAAUGUCUCCUGUGUGUUUUAUAAUUUACAAAUGGCACAAGGAUUAAUUGUUAUGAUAGUCCUUUUCCAGCAGCUCGAUUUGAUUAUGAAUAAAUGUUUGCUUACUUAAA